AUGGCUGCUUCGGUAGACCCUCUGGUUGUUGGUCGCGUGAUUGGCGAUGUGGUUGACAUGUUCGUCCCUACCAUCAACAUGUCUGUAUACUACGGAGCUAAGCAUGUCACUAAUGGCUGUGAUGUUAAGCCAUCCCUAACUGUGAAUCCUCCCAAAGUGACCCUUUCGGGCCAUCCCGAUGAAUUUUACACCCUGGUGAUGACCGACCCUGAUGCACCCAGCCCCAGUGAGCCCUCCAUGAGGGAGUGGGUACACUGGAUAGUUGCAGAUAUUCCGGGAGGAACCAAUGCCACCCGCGGGAAAGAGGCUCUCCCUUAUGUAGGGCCACGCCCACCAGUAGGCAUUCACCGCUACAUACUGGUGCUGUUUCAGCAGAAGGCUCCUUUAGGCUUGGUGGAGCAGCCUGGGUCAAGGGCCCACUUCAGCACCCGUGCCUUUGCCAACCAGCUGGAUCUGGGGCUGCCUGUGGCUACCGUCUACUUCAACGCCCAGAAGGAGCCAGCAAACAGGAGGCGCUGA